CGGCGCCGGAUAUAGGCUGAAAAGCACGACUCUCGCGAGACCUGUUGGCUCCGCCCAGCCUCCCAGCGACGCCCUUGCCGCCAUGUUGCUUGUGGGCAGGUUCCUGAGGCAGACGGCUGGAGAACCCCUCUCCCGCUCUUGCGUUUGGAGGAAACCAGACUCCGGCUCCGCCCGGGCUCAUGUCCGGUGGUCUGCGAGCCGGUGUUCAUGACCAAGCCCUCCGAGUGAUCUGCCUGCUUUCCGGUCCACACGAGGGAAGGAGCAUUGGGGACCUGUCCACCCACAAAGCCAGAGUCCCGAAGAUUACUCCAAGGCAAGAAAGAAAGAAUGCCGCUCUUCUUCCGGAAGCGGAAACCCAGUGAAGAGGCUCGGAAACGCCUAGAGUAUCAGAUGUGUCUGGCAAAAGAAGCUGGGGCCGAUGACAUUCUUGACAUCUCUAAGUGUGAGCUCUCAGAGAUUCCAUAUGGGGCUUUUGCAACGUGCAAAGUUCUGCAGAAGAAGGUGUUGAUUGUCCACACGAAUCACCUCACUUCCCUGCUCCCUAAAUCCUGCAGCCUCCUGAGUCUCAUAACCAUCAAGGUUCUGGAUCUUCAUGAUAAUCAGCUGUCAGCGCUUCCUGACGACAUCGGGCAGCUGACCGCCCUCCAGGUCUUGAACGUGGAAAGGAAUCAACUGACGUAUCUCCCACGUUCCAUUGGGAACCUGAUCCAGCUCCAGACCCUCAAUGUGAAAGAUAACAAGCUGAAGGAGCUUCCAGACACCGUGGGGGAACUUCGAAGCUUACGUACUCUUGACAUCAGUGAGAACGACAUUCAGAAGUUGCCGCAGCUGCUGGCGCACGUUCGAACCCUGGAAACUCUGAGCCUCGACGCCUCGUCCAUGGUCUACCCACCCCAGGAGGUGUGCAGUGCUGGCACCCAGGCCAUUCAGCAGUUCCUCUGCAAAGAGUCAGGGCUGGAAUACUACCCCCCUUCUCAGUACCUGCUGCCAGUCCUGGAGCAGGAUGGAGGCGACACCCCCCGGGACAGUCCAGACGGGCUCUCGAACAGACUCUGCAGGGAGGAGGUGGAGUGGCAGAAUAGGUUCUCAGACUAUGAGAAGAGGAAGGAACAGAAGAUGCUGGAGAAAUUGGAAUUUGAACGGCGUCUGGAACUUGGGCAGCGAGAGCAUGCCCAGCUCCUCCAGCAGAGCAACAAUCAGAAGGACGAGAUCCUUCAGACGGUCAAGGAGGAGCAGUCCCGGCUGGAGCAGGGCCUGAGCGCGCGGCAGCGCUACCUGGACGCCGAGCGCCAGCGGCUGCAGGAGCAGCUGAAGCAGGCGGAGCAGAACGUCUCCAGCCGGAUCCAGAAACUCCUGCGGGAGAACCAGAGGCAGAAGAAAAGUUCUGAGAUCUUGAAGUCGCUGGAAAAUGAAAGAAUAAGGAUGGAACAGUUGAUGUCCAUAACCCAGGAGGAGACUGAGAACCUGCGGAGACGUGAGAUUGCCUCCGCCAUGCAGCAGAUGCUGACCGAGAGCUGUAAGAGCCGGCUCGUCCAGAUGGCCUACGAGUCUCAGAGGCAGAGCUUGGUCCAGCAGGCCUGUUCCAGCAUGGCCGAAAUGGAUGAGCGGUUCCAGCAGAUUCUGUCAUGGCAGCAGAUGGAUCAGAACAAAGCCAUCAGCCAGAUCCUGCAGGAGAGCGCCAUGCAGAAGGCCGCGUUUGAGGCCCUCCAGGUGAAGAAAGACCUGAUGCACCGGCAGAUCAGGAACCAGAUUAAGUUAAUAGAAACUGAGUUAUUGCAGCUGACACAGCUGGAGGUAAAGAGGAAGUCCCUGGACACAGAGGCACUUCAGGAGGUGAUCGUUGAGCAGCGCUGGGCCCUGAGCUCCCUGCUCCAGCAGCUGCUCAAGGAAAAGACGCGGCGAGAGGAGGAGCUCCGGGAAAUUCUGACAGAGUUAGAAGCCAAAAGUGAAACCAAGCAGGAAAACUACUGGCUGAUUCAGUAUCAACGGCUUCUGAACCAGAAACCCUUGUCCUUGAAGCUGCAGGAGGAGGGCCUGGAGCGCCAGCUGGCCGCCCUCCUGGUGGAUCUCUCGGCGGAACACUACCUGCCCCUGUUCGCCCACCACCGCAUCUCGCUGGACACGCUGAGCCGCAUGAGCCCUGCCGACCUGGCCAAGGUGGGCGUCUCGGAAGCUGGCCUGCAGCACGAGAUCCUGCGGAGGGUGCGGGAGCUGCUGGCCGCAGCCAGGAUCCAGCCAGAGCUGCCGAACCCACCCAAGGGUGAGGCCCUUAGGGCCCUGGAGGUGCCCACUGCCCCCGAGGAGCUUCCCGAGCCCGUGACCCCGUCUGCUCCCCCCGCAGAGCUAGAGAUGCCGACCUCGGAAUGUGUCGUGUGCCUGGAGCGGGAGGCCCAGAUGAUCUUCCUCAACUGUGGCCACGUCUGCUGCUGCCACCAGUGCUGCCAGCCCCUGCGCACGUGCCCGCUGUGCCGCCAGGAGAUCGCGCAGUGCCUGCGGCUCUACCGAGGCUGAGUCCCAGCCGCCACCCCCCAGGGCCCCACGCUCCAGCCCACCCGACCCUGACUCCUGCUCUGCUUGAGACCACCCCCCUCUGCCCUAGGGCCCUUGCUCACGACCUGGGAGCAGCCCCCCCUUCCUGUCCAAGCACACUUCUGGGCUGGGGAGGAAGACCGUCCUGGCAUCGGGCACUUCCCAGCAGUCCAACCAUGGCAGGUUACAGCCCUCGGCAGCCCUGGCCCUCCGGGAGCCUAAGUGUCCUCAUCAGGGUAACAAGGACAGUGCCGUCCCCCUCUGUCGGGUGGUGGAAGUGUGGGAGGGCCCUGGCCGAGUACGGAGCGGGUGUGUGGGGCGUCCCCCACAGACUGCCAUGGGCUGGCCUCAGAUGGACUUGCCAGUGUAUGCUGAGUGCAGGCCUUGUGCUACGGGCCACGCCGGCCCCUCCUGACUCUGCUCUCCAGAUCUGCCUCUCCUGACCUGAAGCAGGAAUGUCAAUACACCCGCCUCCAGUCUGA